UUCCUUGUGAAGAUGGCGGCUCCCUUGACUCUGCUGCUGGUGGUCGCUGUAACGAUCCGGGCGGCUCUCUUCAGGUCCAGCCUGGCGGAGCUGAUCGCGGACCGGGUGGAGGUCGUGUCUCCGAUCAGCGCCUGGAAGAGAGUUAUUGAAGGCUUGGCUCUGCUUGAUUUGGGAGUUUCACCAUACUCUGGAGAUGUUUUCCACGAGACUCCCCUCAUCAUUUACCUCUUCCACUUCGUGGUGGACUACGCAGAGAUCACGUUCAUGCUGGCGGACGUGAUCACGGCUGUGGCGCUCUACAUCGCCGUCAAAGAGUACAACAAGCAAGUGUCCAGAAAGCAGAAGUUUGCCCUGGAGGCCGACAGAUACCCGAUGGACUGCCUGGAGCUCAUGAGAAGCCCCACCGAAAUGUAUUACAUCCCGCUGAAAGUGGCCAUGUUUUACCUGUUGAACCCGUUCACCAUCCUGUCCUGCGUGGCCAAGUCGACGUGCGGCCUGAACAACGCCGUCUUCUCCCUCUUCUUCCUCACCACCAUCAAAGGAAACAUGCUGCUGAGCGCCAUCUUCCUGUGCCUGGCCACCUAUCAGUCCAUCUACCCGCUCACUCUGUGCGCUCCGGCCAUGCUUUACCUCAUGCAGCGGCAGUACGUCCCGGUGAACGUCCGGCGGGCCAGCUUCUGGUGGUUCGUGGCGCAGUACCUCUUCAUGUACCUGGGCAGCCUGUUCGUGCUGGUGGGCCUGUCCUUCUUCCUGCUGGGCUCCUGGGACUACCUGCCCUCCGUCUACGGCUUCAUUCUCUCGGUUCCCGACCUCACGCCCAACAUCGGCCUCUUCUGGUACUUCUUCGCCGAGAUGUUUGAACAUUUCCGCCUCUUCUUCCUCUGCGUCUUCCAGAUCAACGUCUUCUUCUACACCCUCCCUCUGUCCAUCAAACUCAAGGACCACCCGGUGUUUCUCAUCUUCAUGCAGCUGGCGGUCAUCUCCAUCUUCAAGUCGUACCCGACGGUGGGCGACAUCGCGCUCUACAUGGCCUUCCUCCCCGUCUGGAGUCACCUGCACCGAUUCCUGAGGAACAUCUUCCUGGUGUCCUGCGUCCUGCUGGCCUGCUCGGCUCUCUUCCCCGUCCUCUGGCACCUCUGGAUCUACGCCGGCAGCGCCAACUCCAACUUCUACUACGCCAUCACUCUGCUCUUCAACGUGGCGCAGAUCCUGCUGGUGUCGGAUUACUUCUACGCCUUCCUGAGGCGAGAGCACCACCUGACGUACGGCCUGUACCUGAAGAGGAAGGACGGCUCGGAGGCCACGCUGGUGCUGAAGUAAGAGCCCGGGCCCCGCGGGCCUCCGUCCCCACAGGGGGUCCGGCAGACUUUGAGCGGCCGGUGCUCGGACGGGCAGAGGAGCACGCGCACGGGGAAGUGUGCGCGGUACGACGGCGGUGCGGCGAAGUGAGCCGGCGGACACGUGUGGGAUGUAAACCCGAGGCUCCGGCUCUACCGGAGCGCUCGACACACUCGGACCCUGGAAGCCGUCAAACACUGCAGAGGAACUUUAACCUUUAAACUCUGAAAAGGGGUUAAAAGACUAGAAUGUGUUUUCUGAUUUGAUGAAUCCUCACAAACACCUCACUCUCUCACUUUGGUUUUUUGUUUUUGGGUUUGAAACACUUGAAAAGCCUCUUCUUCUUUUGUUCCCACCUGGUUGCUCUUUAAAGGUGCAGGUAACAAAAUGCAGGUAACAUUGUCCAUUAGGGGGCAGCAGAGAGUCCCUGUUUUUCUCUGGUUCCAGGAGCUUUUUCCUGUCAGCAGCUCCAGACUCUUUCAGUCUCCUGGUUAGCCUGCUAACUUCAGUGCCAUCAUGACUGUUUUCUCUUUGUUAGAUAUUUUUUUUAACAAACAGUAAAACGUACUGUACCUUUAAUGAUCAUCAGUGUUGCGUCUCAAACAAAAGCUGAUGAGACUUGUUGAGACACAUCAGACAUGUGAUCAUCCUCAGCUGCCUCCGAAACUGAAAUGUUGAACUAAAAGAAGUAAAAGACACAGAAACUACAAGACUGAUACUUUUAACUGACGAUUAAUAAAACUUACAGCAAAUCAGAGUGGAGAGAAAAGACGGAUGUGAGUUUUUGUUUCUUGAUCCUGGAAUUCAGGCUGUGAAGAGACGAGAAACACUAAAUUUCACUGUAAUGAAGUUCAAGAUGUGAUUUUAAACCGUUCAGUUUCUACUUAAAGGUGCUGUAGGCAGGAUUCCGCAUCUCCGCCAUCUUGCUUAGGGUUACCUAAGCAAGAUGGCGAUUUGAAACCCAGCACAGCCAAUCCUGUCCUGUUUUC